UGGUGUCGUGAAAGUGUUUUGCUGUAGCUACACCGUACACUCCAGGAACUUCACCUAUUUGUUGAGCUUCUGUUGCGUCUUUGGUGUCAAGUGAUGCUGUUUGUGUCAAGACUGGACUAGAUGUAAACUUUCUGUGCUCCGUUGUCGGUUCACACGCGCAUUUGUUGUCUGGCCGAAGCCUGGUGUGCGAUGAUGAUGCGACGAUGUACACAAAUGUACAGUGUCAGCUUAGCCUGAGUGACAGAGAAGCGGUGACAGAUGUCAUCUGUGACCGGACAAAAGUCAACAAACCGUGUCCUUGUCCGCUAUUCGAAAUUUAGAAAAGCGCUUAUUCCUAAAUUGAAUGUUUUUACUGGAGGCUUUUAACUCCAAAUCCGUUUUUUGUCUCGGCACAACGCAGAAAGUAGCCGGUUUGUUAGCACCCAAGAUGAGCAGUUGUCUUGUGGUUUGCUCAACAAUCCCACCGGUUGUUUAGCUAAUAGAGCAGCUUAGAUCGACACCAACCAAAGGCUGGGAUUAAAGGGCAAGUUGCAGCCCGUGUAGUGUCUGCUAUUAUGGAGACUGACGACGAUGUGCCUCUCAUCUUAACCUGGGACGAAGCAAACAGCGGUCUGCUCAGCGAGGAGACCGAGAGAGGAGACGAGAAUGGAGGAGGCAAUUAUGACAUAGUGAACAAUGCUGUGGUCUCAACACCUGGGCCGCAAAACUACAGAGCCCAAAAUGUGUCGUUACGACAAAGCUGGGAGAUGAACUACCAAGAGGCAGCCAUCUAUCUGCAGGAAGGAGAGAACAACGAUAAGUUCUUCACUCACCCCCGAAACCCAAAGGCGCUGGCGGCCUACCUGUUUGCCCACAACCACCUGUUCUACAUGAUGGAGCUGCUGACAGGCCUGCUGCUCAUGAUGCUGUCGCUGUGUGAAGCUCCCGCCGUACCCUCACUGCGGCUGGAUGUCUACGUCCAUGCCACGCUGGAGCUGCUGGCUCUGGUCAUGGUGGCAUUCGAGCUAUGCAUGAAACUCCGCUGGUUAGGCUUCCACACCUUCAUACGCCACAAGAGGACCAUGGUCAAGACAUGUGUUUUGCUGCUGCAGUUUGUGGAGGCCAUAGUGGUUCUGAUCAGACAAACAUCUCACGUGCGAGUGACCCGAGCGCUCAGACCCAUAUUCCUGGUGGACUGUAGAUACUGUGGAGCUGUGCGCAGAAACCUAAGACAGAUCUUCCAGUCUCUUCCACCUUUCAUUGACAUCCUCCUGCUGCUGCUUUUCUUCAUGGUUAUAUUUGCCAUCUUGGGGUUCUGCCUCUUCUCUCCAAACACUGCUGACCCGUACUUCAACACUCUGGAGAACAGCCUCGUCAGCCUCUUUGUCCUGCUGACCACAGCAAACUUCCCUGAUGUGAUGAUGCCGGCGUACUCCAAGAACCGCUGGUCCUGUGUUUUCUUCAUUGUUUACCUCUCCAUAGAGCUCUACUUCAUCAUGAACCUGCUCCUGGCAGUGGUGUUCGAUACAUUCAAUGACGUCGAGAAGAUGAAGUUUAAAUCUCUUUUGCUUCACAAACGCUCUGCUAUUGACCAUGCCUUUCAGCUGUUAGUUAGUCGGCAGAGGCCGAUGGGUGUGUCCCUGAAACAGUUCGAUGGUCUGAUGCGUUUUUACAGACCACGGAUGUCUGCGAGAGACCGCUUCCUCACAUAUAAAGCUCUUAACACAUCAGGGGCUCCUAUGCUCAGUCUGGAGGACUUUUACAAGUUCUACGAGGUCACCGGACUUAAAUGGAAGGCGCGACGCAGCGGAGAGCAUUGGUUCGACGACCUCCCCCACACAGCCUUCCUCAUUUUCAAAGGCAUCAACAUACUUGUGAAGUCAAAGGCCUUCCAGUAUGUUAUGUACGUGGUGGUGGCCAUCAAUGGUGUGUGGAUCCUGGUGGAGACGUACACGCUCAAUAGUGGGUUUUCCUGGUCCAGAUUUGUUCCCUGGAGCUACAUCGUUUUCCUGACCAUUUAUGGUGUUGAGGUGUUAUUGAAAAUAUCAGGUUUGGGGCCAACAGCUUAUUUCAGCUCUGGGUGGAAUCUGUUUGAUUUCUCUGUGACGGUGUUUGCCUUCCUGGGCCUGAUCGCUCUCGCCUUUGAUAUGGAGCCGUUUUACUUUAUCGUAGUUCUCAGACCACUUCAGCUGCUCCGGCUGUUUAAGAUUAAGCAGAGAUAUCGCAACGUAUUGGACACCAUGUUUGAGCUCUUUCCCAGGAUGGCAAGUCUGGGGUUGACAUUAAUUAUCUUCUACUAUUCCUUUGCCAUUGUGGGAAUGGAGUUUUUUGCAGAUGUGAUUUAUCCCAACUGCUGCAACUCCAGCACAGUGGCCGACUCCUACAGACUGAUCAACAACACAGUCGGCAACAAAACCACGUUGGAGGAAGGCUACUACUAUCUCAAUAACUUCAACAACAUCCUCAGCAGCUUCGUGACUCUGUUUGAACUGACUGUGGUCAACAACUGGUACAUCACCAUGGAAGGAGUCACUUCGAUGACGACUCACUGGAGCCGCCUGUACUUCAUGACCUUCUACAUAGUUACUAUGGUGGUGAUGACCAUCAUUGUGGCAUUCAUUCUGGACGCGUUCGUGUUUCGCAUGAACUACAGCCGCAAGAAUCGGGAGCCGGUGGAUAACCCAGAGGAUGAAAAUGGAAUAGUAUUUGAAGUAGAGGUGGGUCGUGAUGAAGCUCUGGCCACUCUUGAGCUUUACAAACAGACGUGUCCUGGACUGUCUUACCUCAGCUCUCUACAGGGCGUCCUACAAGCUAUGGACAGGAGUGGGCACUCGUCUCUUGUGUACCUAGGUCGCAGGUCUAGGACAAAGAGUGACCUCAGCAUGAAAAUGUACGAGGAGGAGAUACAGGAGUGGUAUGCAGAAUAUUCAAGGGAAAUCCUGCCUCAGCCAGACCAAAGCCCGGAGCGAGACCAGAACAGUCCCGUCUCCGACCCGUCUCCCUUACCAGAGCUGCAGCUCAACUCACAGACUGGACCGCACAGCAUUAACUGAUGCACAGUUUGCAAGCAACAUAUGCACAUCGUCAUCUCGGUCUUCGUGAAUUCACAGAAACACCAUCACUCCAAGUCUUUUCCAGCUCCCCCACACUUACCGUUUGCCACAGCGGGACACUGGUUCGGGGCCUUUUGGACUGAUGUGAGAGUGAGUUAAAGGGCGACUCCUUCCUGGAGUCGUUGCUCCAGACAUGAAGACAGCAGCACCACUGUGGCGCUAAGAUGCCUUUUUUUGGCCUUGUGAAAGACUGAAGCAAAUGUCACCCGGGAGCCUGAACAGUAUGUUGUGUACGUAUACUGCUGUAGGCCCUUUAGUCCCCUUUGUAAAUCAUGUAGUACUUAAACCUGAUGCCUUAGUUUAAUGGCGCAUAUGAUCAGUAUUAACACAGGCACUACUUCAACUAAGUUCUCUAAGACCAAAAGUAUAAAUAAUUACACUCCUAUAGCUCAACCCAACAAAUUACUGUGUACAGUUUCUCCUAACUAAUGUCUCAGCAGAUUAUUUUAUUUUACUUCUCAUUCUGUAAUGUAUUUGAAUUCAUUAUUAAGGGAUUUUAAUAAAUUGUUUAAACUGUCAA